CUCACGCUGACUACCCAAACUCCCCUUGCGCUUCUCUGUCUCCGCUACAAAACCCAAUCCCUUCCCUUCCCUUCCCUUCCCUUCCCUUCGUCCGCUCAAUCCAACAGUUGCAACCUCUCCCAUGCUCUCCGCCGCGUCCUGCGACGCCUCUUCUGCUCUCGCGCUUCGUUCCAGAUAAUUCCUUGCCUGGAUUGCAGAAUCGGCCCUAAGAUGAUUGGCGUUUCGACUGGCACCUCGCCCUAUUCUUGCUAUCUCACACUUGCCAGACCUCUUUCAACGGCGCCAUGCUUUGCGAUCCGCCAGGUUUCAACCCGUGAUUCUAACCCGACGUCUGGGUGUUCGAGAUGUUUCGUACCCUGCUGCGCCACGAAUCAGCAGCAGCAGCGGCAAUCUCGGCCUGCCAAGAAGAAGACUGGGCGGAGGAAGGCACCGGGAAGGAUGCCGCCGGAUGAAAGCGGAGAUUCGGUGGAGGUGGUACCCGAACCUGAGAACGUGUGGAGUCGGCCUUCUCCGUUGCCCAAGCCCCCUGCUGGCUUCGUGCUUGACGAGCAUGGCAGAGUUCUUCUUGCCUCCUCAAAGCGGAUCACAACUAUUAUUGAUGCUACAAACAAUUUGCCACUAGAAUGUGUUAUUAGGAGGAUUUUCCAAAGUUCUGCAGGGGAUGAGUGCUUCCUGCUCAGCCCCCUUGAUCCGCCUAUACAGAUCCUGAAGAGCACAAAUUUUGAGGGGUGGUCAGCUGUUGAUGAUGAGGAAGUUGAUGCUGUAACCCCUUCUGCUGCAUAUGCCCUUGCCAAAAUUCAUAUGCAUCUUGUACUUAGUGGGUUUUGUUACACUGCAAGAGGAGGCUUCUGCUACUCAGAAGAAGACAUUCUGGAAUUUCACACUGAUGAUGGUGAAGCUGCUGAUGGUAUGCCGGCGGAAGGAUUGAAGAUAACUUGCUUCACUAUGGAUGGAACAAACUACAUGAUCUACACACCCUCAGACCCGCUCUUGUUCGUUGCUGUGAAGGACAAAAAUGGUGUUCUGAGAAUUGCUGAUGAUGAUCUCUUGGAUGACCCUGCUAUCAUCAGUGCCAUGGACGAGGAGACGGAAUUCAAUGCUCUUGUGGAGGAAGAGACUGCUCUUCUUGAAUCAUCGAUGGGGGAAGGAUGACACUACAUGUUGGAGAUAGGGAUAUUGUUAUUGGCAUAUGGACGGAAAUGGCAGUGCAAAGUUUAUCAGAAGCUAACUUGUGUGCUAAAAAGUGGAUCCGUCUGUGGCAUUCCUUGAAUUCUGUCAAUCUAUUGUCAAAUUUAAUUACGAUAGUCCCCUUUACGAUCUUUAUUGAUUUUUUGUUUUGUUUUUGUGAUAAUGAAUAAUAGUUAUAUGCCUUUUGUCUUGCCA